AUGGGUGGUAAAGUUGUUAAACCUUCUUCUCAGAACACUCAAACAUCUCUCAAAAAGGAAAUUCUUUUGGUUACAAAAAAUAACAUUGAAGAGGUGAUUAAAGAGAAAAUUUAAUAAUUCUUAGCUAUUGAGAUGGAUUUUAGCUACACUGAAACAUACGAAUAUUUGAAUGGGAUUAAAAGAAUAUUAAAAAAUUAUCGCUAAUUGUAAUCUCUCAAGUUUCAUCUAUCAAAAUGCAAAUUCACUGACGAAGAAGCUCGUUCUUUAAUUAAAACUCUUUCUAUUCUCAAAAGUUUAAAAAAUUUGUUUAUUUGUAUCAAUAAUGGUUAUCCUAGUUUAAUUUUAAUUGAAGAAGUAGGAUACAUUUUAAAAUAAUCAUUUAAUUUACUAUUCCUUGAGCUAAAUUUUAGCUAAUGUAAAGUUACUGAUUCAUGUAUUAAAAAUUUUAGCAUAGGACUAUAAACUCAAAAAAAAAUAAAAGAAUUAAAUAUCACUUUAAGCUAAAACAAAAUUGGAAAUGAAGGAUUCAAAGAUAUUAUUUUAGGAAUUCAAAAUAUGAAAGAUUUGCUAGUAUUAAAAAUUGAUCUAAGCGAUAACAGUAUAGACUUAGAUACACCAUAGUUGUUUCAGUCAGUAGUUGAAAAUAACCCAAAUAUAUCUAAUUUGUAGCUUUUCCUAGCAAACAAUUCUCUGAAUCAUUAAGGUUUUAUUGAUUUGAUGUGUGACAUAGCAAAAUUAGAUAACAUUUAAACACUUAUUCUUUAGUUAGACAAUUGUGCUUUAACCUCUUAAAUGUUUAAGUCGAUUUAACUCUAUAUUUAAUACUUCAAGUUCCUCAAAAAUUUCGAUCUCUUUGUUAGUAAGAAUAAUCUCUCAAAUAUGGAUAUGAAGAAUUUUUUCUAAGAUGGUAAAAAUUCGCUUGAAAGAAUUGAAAACCUAAGUCUAAAUUUUAAAUGA